CCCUUUUUUUUCCCCUUUAACGCUUCAACCAAAACCCUAUACACACAUACAAAAAGCUCAAUUUCUCUAGAACGACCUCGCCAAUUCGCUCUUUCUUCGCUGGACGGCCUGCUGUUCUUCGCUCUCUUUACCCUUUUGCAUCCCUCAGAAAAGAAGAAAAAAAACCGUUGACUUUUCGUUUGGGGGGGGGGGGGGCAAACUCGAAGACCCCAAUUUGUUCAAAAAGAGAGAGGGUUGAAAAAUGGAUCAAGGGUUACUGGAUGAUAUUAUAAACCGGCUUUUGGAAGUUAGGGGUCGACCAGGGAAACAAGUUCAGUUAUCUGAAUCAGAGAUCCGGCAGCUUUGUUUGGUUUCUAAAGAGAUUUUCUUACAACAACCUAAUUUGUUGGAACUUGAAGCCCCCAUCAAGAUUUGUGGUGAUAUUCAUGGUCAAUAUUCUGAUCUUUUAAGGCUUUUUGAGUACGGUGGAUUGCCACCAGAUGCCAACUACUUAUUUUUGGGGGACUAUGUUGAUCGAGGCAAGCAAAGUCUGGAGACCAUAUGUCUUCUUCUUGCUUACAAGAUAAAACACCCUGAAAACUUUUUCCUCUUGAGGGGUAACCAUGAAUGUGCUUCUAUAAACCGCAUAUAUGGGUUCUAUGAUGAGUGUAAGAGAAGAUUUAAUGUUAGGCUAUGGAGGACAUUCACGGAAUGUUUUAACUGCCUUCCAGUGGCAGCAUUAAUCGAUGAGAAGAUUCUGUGCAUGCAUGGAGGCCUUUCUCCCGAUCUGAAUAAUUUGGAUCAUAUUCGAAGUUUACAACGCCCGACUGAUGUACCAGACACAGGUUUGCUCUGUGAUCUUCUUUGGUCAGAUCCCAGUAAAGAUGUUCAAGGUUGGGGAAUGAACGACAGAGGUGUUUCAUUUACUUUUGGUCCUGACAAAGUGUCAGAGUUUUUACAGAAACAUGACCUAGAUCUCAUUUGCCGUGCCCACCAGGUUGUGGAAGAUGGAUAUGAGUUUUUCGCCGACCGACAACUUGUAACUAUAUUUUCAGCGCCCAAUUAUUGCGGGGAAUUCGAUAAUGCAGGAGCCAUGAUGAGUGUGGAUGAGACUUUAAUGUGCUCCUUUCAAAUAUUGAAGCCUGCUGAUAAAAAACCCCGAUUUAACUUUGGGGGCACGGCCACAGCCAGGCCUGGUAGCGCUUCUGCCAGUGUCUUUGGCAGCACGACAACAGCAAAGCCCGGAAAUACUCCAGCAGGAGUCAAGUCGUUCCUUGGCACAAGGAUUUGAGAGCCCCAUAUGCAUUGUGGAAGGCAGAGCCAGGUUAUGUCAUGAACAAACCACAAUUGCAGUAAAGACAACUUUGAGGUCCUUUUGAUUUCCAUAUAUUAUGCUCAAAUUUGUAAAAAAGAUUGGAAGAGAAACAAUCAUUAGAACUAAUUCAAAUGAUCUGUUCUCUUAUUAUAUAAAUUUGGGUUUGAAGAUAGAAGGCCAUAAUUUUCCUUCUCUCCCCGCUUGUACACUAUCUGCUACCCUUGCUGCCAUGAAUAUACUAAGGUCUUGCUCGUUCAGUGUGCCAGGACUGUAACUGGUCUUGUUCUUUUGGUGAUUCAGGGACAUCAAAUUGAAUUCGGUACAAAUUUUGUGCUUCGUA